AUGCGUAGGACUUUAAUUGUAAAGGUUAAUACAAUACCUUUUCUCAACCUUACAUUGUUCUACCUUAAUCUAUCGAUGCAUCUUUCUCAAUCUUUCAUUGACACUUCCAAAUCUUAUAACAUGCUUCUUCUCGACCUUUUAUUGCAGUACUUCAAUAACAUAACAUCACGGAAUAACAGAAUUACAGCAAUGGCCGUAAU